AUGAUUGCAGGACAGAUAAUUGAAUUCUUUUGGUUAAUGAGUAGUUUAGUUUUAUUUGGCUAUGCUGUAUUGUCAAAGUUUAGAUGGAAGGAAAAUGUACAUUAGAGUCGCAAGACGAGAAUGAAUAGCUACAAAUCAUAGAAUUUGCCUAGAAAUUAAUUUGUGAUUGAGGAGGCUGAAGAACAACAGUAAUGUAAAAGUGAAGAGGAUCUUCCAUAGCAACAAUAAUAGCAAGAGAAUUAAUCAAUAGCAUAAAUAAUAAGACCGAAAGUAAAUUAUUUGAUUAACGUUCAUUUCUUAUUAUCAUCUGUGGCCAUAAUAAAUAUAUUAAAUGGAGGAGAUAAUAUAUUUUUGUUGGUCAUGGUAAUCUUAUAUUUGGUUAGUACAAUUAUGAUAGUGGCCAAAUUCAGUAUGAAAUGGCUAUUUAUUCCUUAACUAAUGAUUUUGGCAAUGAUGAUAAACUACUUGAUAGUUAUAUGA